GACGUUACGUCCUGCGUGCCCCUGUAACUUGGUGUCGGAAACCCCGAGCUGGAAGCUGCCAACGCCCGGCGCAGAGACGCAAACAGAAAGGAUAAGACCUUGAAUGAGAGUAGAGGACCCUGACAGAGUACAGCUAUGCAGACAAUUAAAUGUGUUGUUGUGGGCGAUGGUGCUGUGGGAAAAACCUGUCUGUUAAUUUCAUACACAACCAACAAAUUCCCCUCGGAGUAUGUACCCACGGUCUUCGAUAAUUAUGCAGUAACGGUUAUGAUUGGAGGUGAACCCUACACUCUAGGACUAUUUGAUACUGCAGGUCAGGAAGACUAUGAUAGGUUACGACCACUGAGCUACCCUCAGACAGAUGUCUUUUUAGUCUGUUUCUCUGUUGUUUCACCGUCAUCAUUUGAAAACGUUAAAGAAAAGUGGGUACCAGAAAUAACUCACCACUGUCCAAAGACUCCUUUCCUGCUGGUUGGGACCCAGAUUGACUUGAGAGAUGAUCCCUCCACAAUUGAGAAACUUGCCAAGAACAAACAGAAACCCAUCACCCCAGAGACAGCAGAGAAGCUUGCCCGAGAUCUGAAGGCAGUCAAAUAUGUUGAGUGCUCUGCACUGACACAGAAAGGCCUGAAGAAUGUGUUCGAUGAGGCCAUACUGGCAGCUCUGGAGCCCCCAGAGCCCAAGAAGAAGCGCAAAUGUGUGCUGCUAUGAGUGGCCUCCCUCCAUCCCUCUCCCUUUUCCCUGUCUUUUGCCCUCUCCUCUCCCUUGCUCUGCUAAGGCUGCUCGUCAACUUUGUACUUAAAAGCAAUGUAUUCAAAAAAGAAUUUUACUCUGCAAUAAAGAUUCAAAGAAAUGGCCCGGCAUUACACCACAGUGGACAAAAGAAUGAAAGAGUAACUAAUUAUACUUUUUUAAAAUGUGUUCCAAUAAAUGUAAUGCUGUAGGCCUCUCUGGUUUGGUUGAAAUGAUUAUAAAAAAAAAAAAAAAAAAAUACUGGGUUUUGAGGUUCUGAGAUUCAAGUUACCCUGUCUUUAUUUGUUGAAGGAUUUGGUUGAUUUGAGUGCCACUUUGGGAUAUUCAGCAACAGAUGCUUGUAGGGCAACUUAAUGUGAAAACACAGGUGGUAGUUCAGUCCAUAUUUCCAAAUUUCAGUGACUUAAUUGCUCUAAAAUAGAUUUGGGGUGCUGGCUCUAGGUUUGUCCAGAAUCUGAGUGCUUAUUUGACUUGCAUAUUUAAAUGGUUGUCAUUCAGACUCUGUGAUGACAGUUGUGCGCGUGUGUGUGUGUGUGUGUCCCUCCAACCCCCAUUUUUGCAAUGAGUCAGCUAAACAUGUAACACCCAGCCCCCGGUCCAUUAUAGAGCUCAGACACAUUAACCAGAUAAUUUAAAGGGCAGGUUUGUGAUUGGUGUUUGAAGUGCUACAGAAGAUUCACUUGGAUUCUAGGCCCCAGCAAAUGGGGAAGGUUAACAGUGUUAGCAGAACAAGUGGUGCCAGGGACCAAGAAUCAUUUAACCAGAACUUGUCAUAAUGCAUGUAAGCAAGUAUCUGGUUCCUCUGGUUAGGUUAACAGAAUUAAUAAUGUAAUUUGUUGUUGUAGAUUGCCAGUGUUAUGCAUUUUUACCAAAACCUCUUUUCUUGUUCUCAUUUUAUUAAAGGAGACUUUCACACUUUUCAAUGUAGGGGCUGGAUUAUACCAAAGCUUUGACCUACCUGCUGACCUUUUUUUUUUUUUUUUUUUU